AUGGAGCUCAAACACUAUCUUUUUCUCUGUAUCUUUGUCUUCAUCAGCUGCAUUGUGAUUUCAGUUUCAGCAGAAAAUUUUUCCAGAAGCCAAAUAUCAAUUCAAUUCAAUAGGAAUAGUUUUCCCUCUGAUUUUGUGUUUGGUUCAUCCUCGUCUUCCUAUCAGUAUGAAGGAGCUGCACAAGAGGAUGGCAGAGGUCCAAGUAUAUGGGAUAACUUUACACGCAAAUACCCAGGUAAAAUUGUUGACCACAGCAAUGGCGAUUUAGCAAAUGACUUUUAUCAUCGCUACAAGGAAGAUGUAAAGCUGAUGGAAUUUAUUGGACUCAAUGCCUUCAGGUUUUCUAUCUCAUGGUCACGAAUUUUACCACAUGGAAAGUUAAGUAAAGGAAUAAAUAAAGAAGGAAUCGCCUUCUACAACAAUCUCAUUAAUGAGCUUCUAUCAAAGGGUAUGGAGCCUUUUCCAACACUCUUUCAUUGGGAUCUUCCUCAAGCCCUCGAAGAUGAGUACGGUGGCUUCCUAAGUCCUCACAUUGUGGACGAUUUUCGAGAUUUUGCAGAUGUUUGUUUCAAAGAAUUCGGUGAUAGGGUUAAGCAUUGGGCGACUAUGAAUGAGCCAUAUAUAUUUAUAUCAGGUGGUUAUGACUUGGGUAAAUUGGCUCCUGGACGCUGUUCGUCUUGGAAAAACAAUGACUGUCCUGCUGGAAACUCUGCCACAGAGCCUUACAUUGUUGCUCACAUCAUGCUCCUUUGUCAUGCCCAGACAGUCAAAUUAUACAGGGAAAAAUACAAGCCGUUUCAGAAGGGCCAGAUUGGUAUAGUACUGAUCUCGUUCUGGUUUUUGCCCUAUUCCAAAAGGCAAGAAGAUGUGAUGGCAGCUCAACGGGCCCUUGAUUUUAUAUUUGGAUGGUUUAUGGAUCCAUUAACAUACGGAGAUUAUCCAGAAAGCAUGCGUACCCUCGUUGGGGAACGCUUACCGAAGUUCACAAAGGAACAAGCUAAUUUGGUGAAUGGCUCCUAUGAUUUCUUAGGACUCAAUUACUAUACUUCAUUUUAUGCUGCCAAUCUUCCUGCAGCAAACCCUGUUAACAUCAGCAUGGCAUCUGAUUCUCAUACUAAUCGUACAAGCGAGAGAAAUGGAAAAUUCAUCGGACAUUCGACGGGUAUACCUGAGUUUCGUGUGUAUCCAAAAGGACUUAAAGAUCUCCUUAUCUACACGAAGCAAAAGUACAAGAGUCCAACUAUUUAUAUCACAGAAUGUGGAAUGAGCGACGCUAAUAUUACUACAAUAGAGCAAGGGAUCAACGAUCCACAAAGGAUAAGAUUUUUCCGUCGUCAUCUUCUGGCCGUCAGGCGAGCCAUUAAAGAAGGCGUUGAUGUAAAGGGCUUCUUCGCAUGGUCACUUUUAGACAAUUUCGAGUGGAAUUCUGGAUACACACAAAAGUUUGGAUUAAUUUACGUGGACCGAGCUCAUGAACUCAAAAGAUACAUUAAGAAGUCUGCUCUUUGGUUCCAGAAAUUUCUUAAAUAA